AUGGAAUCACUAAGCGGAACCAAAGGUACAACUCCCGGCGCCGACAAAAUUUCUUUCAAAAUGCUUAAAUAUCUACCCGUGGAAGUAAUACUCAGGCUAGUUAGGUUAUAUAAUAAUAUUAUGAAAGAAGGUGUUUAUCCACAUGAAUGGAAGAAAGCUCAUUUAAUUCCGAUUCCUAAGCCCAAUGACAACCAGAACUCCUUAGACAGCUACCGUCCAAUAUCCCUUCUUUCAGUACUGUCCAAAUUAUUCGAGAAAAUAAUAGGGAACAGGCUCAAAUGGACUCAAGAAAAGCAUCUUAACAGCGGUCAACACGGCUUUAGACCAGGAAGAGGCACCCACACUUUGCUUCACAUGCUAGACCAUGCAGUGCACGCAGAGUUAGCCUUACGUCACCAUUCUGUUCUUUUGUCCAUGGAUUUGGAGAAAGCGUUUGAAAGGGUUACUACUUAUGGAGUGAUUAAUCAAUUAAAAAACUGGGGAAUCAACAAGCAACUACUUCAGGUAAUUUCUUCUUUUAUGUCAAAUAGAACAAUCAUCGUGAAGAUAAAUGGACACCUUUCAACUGCUACUUCCAUCCAAAAUGGAAUUCCGCAAGGUUCACCAAUCUCUACCGUGUUAUAUAACGCUUAUGUUAAUCCACUCCUUGAAACACUUCAGUCUGAGCUGGUACAGACAAAAACCAUACUUACCUAUGCUGACAAUAUUUUCGUCUUAGCAUCGGGAAAACCAGAUGAAGUCAAAAACACUUUAAACUCGACAGUAUCAAAAGCACUUGAAUGGUGUGAUGAAUCUGGAGCAAAAAUGCCAAUAAAUAAAAUGGAUGCUUUACAUGUUUGUAGAAAACACAAUUGUAUGAACACUGAUGUAAAUAUUGGGCUCACUAGCAUUUCUCUUCUGAACAAAGCCAAAAUCUUAGGACUAGCCUGUACUAAAACUUGGAAAUGGCAUUCUCAUGAAAAAAUUAUAUCGCAAAAGCUCGGUAAAACAAAUAACUUGCUUAAAAUAAUUUGCAGUAAGUACAAGGGACCUCACAUAAACACUGCAAUCGAUAUAGCAAAAACGCUUAUAAUAGGAGCUAUCCAACACGGCUUUACUGUAUAUUCUCAAUGGACUAAGCAAAACGACCAGAAGGUACAAGUAAAAAUAAAUGCUGUGCUUAGAACUGCUUUAGGAGCAUUACCUUCAACUCCCAUCGAAGCUUUACUUGCCGAGGCCAAUAUCUCCAGCUUUACAAAUAUGAAAGUUAUAGCGCAAAAUAAACUUUUUUCUAAAAGUAUUGUAAAUACAAAACAUGCUCUGCAUGAUAUUUGCAAAUCAGGUUGGUUUCAAGUCGAAACCUCAAAGAACAAAUGUGCCAUCUUCAGUUCAAUUCGCAACAUCAAAGCUUCGAAAAUAAACAUACCUGAAAUUCACAAUUAUGAUGACCAAACUCCUCCUUGGCUGUUUCCUAGAUAUCUUAUAAAUAUUUCCUUAAGAGAAUCUUCAAAAGAAAGUACACCAAAUGAAGUCUUUAGACAAAAGUUUGCUGAAAUAAUAGAAACUGUCAAUUUUGGUUGCGUUCUAUACACGGACGCAUCCUGUAAAGAUGGUGUAACCGGAUACUGCGUUUAUAGGCUUGACAGUACCAACAACAAAGUUUUACUCCAACAACUUACCAUCCCUGACCAAAAUUCGUAUACUGGUGAAGUAAUGGCAAUAGUGGAAGCGUUCAAAUAUGCCCUAAAUUUAACUGUCAAAACAGCUAUCUGCAGUGACUCUCUCAGCGCAAUUCUGGCUAUUAAAAACAACAAAAAUCAAGUGCCAAUCAUUCAAGCUCUAAGAGCCCAUCUCUGUUCAGAAUGUCCACGCAUUCAUUUAAUAUGGUCACCAGGACAUGUAGGAAUUCCAGGGAAUGAAAAAGCAGACGCUGGUGCACGCCAAGCAAUUAUAAUGCCUCUAGAAUACAAAAUACCACCAUUUGCAAACUCCAUAUGGAUUCAUUCUUUCAAGAUUAUUCAAGAGGAAUCAGAGAAUCGUUGGAAUCAAUCAAAAUCAUUUUUGAGAACACAUAAGCCAAAUUUAUCACCUGUAACCUAUAACAAAGACUUAAAACGAUAUCAAGCAGUACAGAUUUCACGAUUGAGACUAGGCCACACUAUGUUUAACAAAUCGCAUCUCUUUAAAAAAGAAGACCCACCAUUAUGCAACUUUUGCAGAGAACUACUAACAGUUAAACAUAUUUUGCAAUGCUGCAGAAUAACAAAGGAACAUUUCAUGGGAAACGUUCCCAGCAUCAAAGAAUUAUUAGAUCCUUCAGUACAUCCCAGUACUUCAAAAUUGUUUCCGCUGUUAGCAAAGCAUAACAUUCAAAUUUAA